GUGAGCCACAUGAGAGCGGGAACCUCAUAGCCCCUUGGAGUGGACAAGUCCCUGCUGCGGAAAAAAGUGGAAUCCACUCACUUUCCCGGACAGAAUGCAGAACCCUAUCUCAAGAUACCAGGGGCCUCUAACGGGUGGAAAUGCCGAGAUGCUCCCCGUGACUUCCUUGUCGGAUUUCAACGUAGCUUCAGCGAACCGAACAAACAACUUGCUCGUUGUUCACUUCUUCAGUUUACCCGGGUCGCCGGAAUGCGCUCAGAUGGAUGAUGUUAUCAGGGAAAUUAUCAGAGAUCACCCGAGAGUCAGGUUCUUCAAGAUCGAUGUCUCGAGCGAGGAAACGAGGCGCAUCGCAGCAAUCUGGAGCAUUCAGAAAGUGCCAGCCUUCAUACUCACUUGGGGGGCUCACUUCGUACAGACAAUCACGGGAGCUGACCCAAGAACAUUGCUGAAUAAGAUCUACAAACUUGAGCAGAGAAUGGAGGCCAUUCGCCUGGGAGAGAGGCCACACGCGGUCCCGAUCGAUUCCUCAGAAUCUGAGGACUCGCUCGAAGCUCGUCUGAAGAAACUCGUAGAAUCAUCGAGAGUGAUGGUUUUCCUCAAGGGGACCCCAGAUUACCCAAAAUGUGGUGGAAGUCGGCAAAUGGUGGAGAUAUUACAGAGGGCCGAUAUCAAAUACAAAUAUUUUGACGUAACCACCGACGAGAAGAUUUUAAAUGGUAUCAAGAGAUUUCUGCCGUCUACAUCGAUGCCUCAGCUCUACCUCUACGGUGAUUACUUGGGCAAUGUGAAAACCAUUCAGGGACUGAUCAAGGCAGGCGAGUUCCACAAAGUAUAUGAGAUUACUACAUCAAUCUAUUUCAUGCUACCGAAAUGGAACAAAGACGACAUGGUUUAGGGCGGAAGCGUGAAGAGGAGCUCUGAAUUUGUGUCAUCAAUUGAGUUCCUUACCCUUCGAAGACAAAUCAUCCGCUUCCUAAAAAUCGACUACAUGCAUAUAAGAGACGCCGCAUAAUGUGGCUCGAGCUAAGCGAAAUUGAAGCAUUUGCGCUGAAAUAAUGAAUGUAUCCAAAGUAUCAAUCUGGUUCACCGAAGUCCAAGAGAUUCCGACAAAUUAUUUAAAUUGUGAUUUGUGAUCUAGCUGCGGAAUCUCCCAAUAGAAUUAAAAUCAUUUCAUGCC